AUGAGGGAAGAGAUUAAUAACAACAACCCAUCAGAAAACAAGUCCAAAGCUUCGAAAUUUGCCGAUCAAAACCAUCCUCCAAAGCUUCAAACUUCCAAAACAAACAACCCCAACAACAAUCACUCAAAACCAAGGCUAUGGGGUGCACACAUUGUCAAAGGCUUUUCAGCUGACAAGAAAACCAAACAACAAUCCUCUCUUCCGACAAAAAAACAACAGACCUCGGAUAAUGCUAACCAGAAGAACCCUUUUGUUCCACCUCAUUCGAGAGCCAAAAGAUCCUUAAUGGGUGAUUUGUCAUGUUCUCAGGUUCAUCCACAUGCUUUUCCAACGCAUAGGAGACAAUCAUCAACUGAUUUGUUCACGGAGUUGGAUCAUAUGAGGAAUUUAUUGCAAGAGUCUAAGGAGAGGGAGAGUAAGCUGAAUGCUGAGCUGGCUGAGUGUAGGAAGAACCGGAAUGAGGUUGAUGAGCUUGUGAAGAAAGUUGCUUUGUUGGAGGAAGAGAAAGCUAGUCUCUUUGAGCAAUUGGCUGUAUUGAGUAGGAGCUGUGGAUUGGAGAGACAAGAGGAAGUGGUCAAAGGGGGAAAUGAGGACAGUUCUAUGCAGAAUCUUGAGCUUGAAGUUGUUGAGUUGAGAAGGUUGAAUAAAGAGCUGCAUAUGCAGAAGAGGAACCUCACUUGCAGGCUAUCUUCUAUGGAGUCUGAGUUGUCUAGUUCUGCAAACUCUUCAGAGAGUGACAUUGUUGCCAAAUUCAAAGCCGAGGCGUCAUUGCUCCGGCUCACGAACGAAGACCUGAGUAAACAAGUAGAAGGUUUACAAACAAGCAGAUUAAAUGAGGUGGAGGAGCUUGCCUACUUGAGGUGGGUGAAUUCGUGUUUACGAACCGAGUUGAAGAAUACGUGCUCAACAUUGGAUUCUGAUAAGCCAUCUAGUCCUCAAUCUGUUAUGAUUAGUAGUGGAGAAUCUGUUAUUUCUCUCUCUGAUCAAUGUGGUAGCGGAAAUAGCUUCAAUUUGGUUAAGAAGUUGAAAAAGUGGCCAAGAACUAGUAGUGAUAAUUUGUCACAAGUUGAGUCCACAAGUAGUACUAGUACUAGUAGUCUCUUUGAGAAAAAUUGGAUUGAAUCAAUAUCUGAGGGAAGCAAUAGAAGAAGACAUUCGAUUAGUGGUUCCAAUAGCUCUGAGGAAGAUGUUGUUGUAUUGAAUAAAAGAAGACAAUCUAAUUGUUUUGAUUCCCUUGAAUGUUUAAAAGAAAUCGAAAAGGAACCCGUGCCAUUGCCUUUGUUUGUUCAGCAAUCUGUUAUGGAGAAGAGGCCACUGAGGAUUCCCAAUCCUCCUCCAAGACCUACUUCAUGUUCUAUUACUAGCAAAACAAAACAAGAAAACCCGGAUCAAGUUCAAGUUCAACCUCCUCCGCCUCCGCCUCCUCCACCACCUCCUAUGAGUUUCGCAUCAAAAAGUAACACGGCGAUGGUAAAAAGAGCGCCACAAGUGGUGGAAUUGUACCAUUCACUCAUGAAGAGAGAUUCUAGAAAGGAUUCUUCAAACGGAGGACUCGCUGAUGCUCCUGAUGUUGCAGAUGUUCGUAGUAGCAUGAUUGGAGAAAUUGAGAACCGUUCAUCACAUUUACUUGCUAUAAAGGAAGAUAUUGAAACACAAGGAGAAUUCGUAAAUUCACUUAUUAGAGAGGUGAACAAUGCGGUAUAUCAGAACAUUGACGAUGUAGUGGCAUUUGUGAAGUGGCUUGAUGAUGAACUUUGCUUCCUUGUGGACGAAAGGGCCGUCCUUAAACAUUUUGAUUGGCCAGAGAAAAAAGCCGACACAUUAAGAGAAGCAUCAUUUGGAUACCAAGAUUUGAAAAAAUUGGAAUAUGAAGUGUCCUCCUAUAAGGACGAUCCUCGGCUACCUUGUGAUAUUGCUCUAAAGAAAAUGGUUGCUUUAUCAGAAAAGAUGGAACGCACGGUUUAUGCUCUUCUCCGCACGAGGGACUCACUAAUGCGAAAUUGCAAGGAGUUUCAAAUUCCUGUAGAAUGGAUGCUUGAUAAUGGAAUUAUUGGCAAGAUAAAACUAGGGUCAGUUAAAUUGGCCAAAAAGUAUAUGAAAAGGGUAGCCAUGGAAGUUCAAACAAAGUCAGCAUUUGACAAAGAUCCUGCGAUGGAUUACAUGGUUCUCCAAGGAGUGAGAUUUGCUUUCAGAAUCCAUCAGUUUGCGGGAGGAUUUGAUGCAGAAACAAUGCAUGCGUUUGAGGAACUUCGCAAUCUUGCUUCUCUACUAAACAAGACAUAA